UUACAGUGCACUUACUUUUAACAAUUGUAUAUUUUUAGAAAAGCAAUAAAAUUUACUUUAAACGUAUGACUAUCUACAAUGGUUAUCUACCAAUAAGUAUAAUCUUUUGAAUUCAUAACUUUCAAAUAAAAAUGUCAAAAGAAGAGCUUAACAACGGGACAUUCAAUAGUGAAGCGGAAAUCACUCCAGCCGGUAGCGAUCAAAACACGCAACAAAAUACGGAGUCAAAAUUAAUACAAGAGAACGAAGAAAUCGAUCAGUCUCAAAUUAAAACUGAUCAUAAAAUAAACGAAGAGUCAUUGGCUGAAAUUCAGAAUUCUAAUUUAAUAUCUGGGGAUUUAACGAGUGUAAACAAACCCGAUGAUAGCGGAUCAGUUAAUGAAAACCCGGCUUUAGAUAUUGAAGAGUCGGCUAAUUCAAAUAAUACGAAUGAAACUAACUGUGAGACGGAAGUAAAAGACUCGACGGAAAAAGCCUUACCGACAGUAAAAUCUGAUGCUCAAAGUGAUUCAAACAGUGGACAAAUUUCUCGUUCUCAGUCACAAGACGAUCAAACAAACCCAGAAAUCGAAAAACUUGACGAAAACAUAACAGAUUCUAGUGGGAUUGCAUCGGAAGGAAUUGUUGACGGCACAGAUGAUGAUGCAACCGACGUGAAUAAACAUGAAAUAAAACGGACAAGCUUCUGUGUAGAUAGUGGUGCUUAUUUAUCAAAAUCUGAAAAACAAGAAGACAUCGAUAAAAAUUCAGAAGAAAGUCCCAAUACAAACAUACCUUUAAAUAAUGUCACUGGUGCACAUGAAGCCCAGAAUGCUUUGGAAACUGAAUCUGACGUAAACCAAACUGUUACUGAAACAAAGUCUGAUUCGAAAAGCAAUGACGAUAUUGUGAAAGAGGAAGAAAAGGAUACAAAUAAAUUAUCAGAAGAACAUGCUGAUAUAGUUGAUAGAGUUGACGAGGCUGAAACAAAUAAUGCACCUUAUGUAGAAACAAACGAAAAAGCAGAAAUCGACACAGAAAAUAAAGUGACAGAAGAAACUCAAGACAAUAAUCAAACUGACAAAUCUGAAGCUGAAAAUUAUGAGGAUGAUUUUGAGGAAACCAUAGAAGAACCAAGCACGGAAGGGAAAGACUUAAUAAAUACUGAGACAGUUAAACAAGAAAAGGAGAAUAAACCUAAAGAUACUGAAAGUGUUGAGGAAAUAAGUGAUUUCAAAAACGAAACAGAAAAGACAGAAACCAGUGAAGUUACUAGCAAAAAAGAGGACAAUACACCUGCUGAAAGUGAACAGGUAAGCAAAAAUACAGUUAUAUCAGAUAAUGUGACAGAAGAAAAUACUGUUUGUGAAUCAAAUACUAGUGGAAUUAAAUCAGAAGAAGGAUCUGAAGUAAAAUCAAGCGUCAAUGAAACUGAAUCGCAUAAGGAAAUUGAUUAUAACACAAACAGUGAUAACGAUAAGUCAGACGAGAAAUUCGUGACUGCUGUAAACGAAAACAACGAAGAAAAAGAAUUGACUGAGGUUGUGAUAGACGAAGACGGUAUUCCAAAAGUAGCGAUAACAACUGUUCCAGAUAGACCACCAUCAUCUCUAAAUGAUGAUACAGUAGACCAAUCUGACCCAUUUGAAGAUUUCGGCUUUGACACAGACGCUAACGAUAAAAACAAGUCUGACUCGAAAGAAAAGGAAGUCACAAACCAGGAAACAUCAAAAGAGGAGCAACUUUCAAAAGAGAAUAAAAUGUCUGAAAAAGUUGAUAUGGAAAAUGAUCAGAAGAAUGAGUCAAAUGUUCAAAAGGAAGACGGUAAUGAAAGUGAUGGUACAAAAGUAGAAGCUAAUACAGAAUUAAAUAAAACUGAAACACAGGCUGAUUCAAAAGAUGAAAAUACAAGAAAUGAGACCGAUCCAAAAUGCAAUGAAAGUGAGAAUAUCAAAGACAAAGAUAUUGAAAAAGAAAAUACAGAAACUUCGAAAACCGAGGAGAAACCUAAAUCACAAGAGCAUGUUCCAACGCCUCAACAAGAAAGUCCUUUAGAGCAAAUGCUUAAACGAAAUGUGCAAAUUGAUGGAACUGUGGAGUCUUUGCCCAAGUUAGAAGAAACUGUUACGACAUUGCUUAACAGUAUGAAGGAUGUAAUGAAAUAUUAUUCUGACUUGUUGAAAUUGCAGGCGUUGAAAGACUUUACGAAUGAUUUAGGAAAGUUUAGAGGCGAUUUUAUAUCAAUUACCGAUGCAUUUAAAAUCUGCAAUUCUAUGUCUACUAAUUUAAACCAGCAUCUGAAAGAGUUACGCCUUGUAACAGAUGAAGUGAGGUCUCAAAUUAAUCGGAAGUUUCAACAAGAAGAUCUCAAGACCUGGGUGGAUGUACCAAUUGAGAAAGAGAAAGAAAAAGAAAAAUUAGAAGAAGAGAUAUAUGCAGCGGAGAAAGCAGCAAUGGCAAAUGCGGCAGAAGCCCGCCAGAUUGUUUCAAAAGCAACUGUCGGUGUUUCCGAGGCUCAUAAACUUAUAGCAGAAAUGGAGGUGCAAACGACUGAUGCUCAAGCAAUUGCGCAAAAAGCGGAAAUACAAGCGCGUGUCGCGUUAAUUGCAGCAGAAGAAGCUAGAGUAGCUGCAGAAGAAAGAAGACGCGCUGAGGAAGCGGCAAAAGCACGUGCAGAAGAACGUGCAAGAAUUAAGGCAGCGGAAGAUGAGAAAAAGAAGGCAAUGGAAGAAAUGAAAAUUCACCAGGAGGCUGCUGCCAAAGGCACUUCGAUAGAAGAUGAGCGUAAGAGGUUUACGGAAGAAAAGGCAAGGAAAGAACAAGAAAGGAAAAACCCUAAAAACUGGCCAAGAUUUACAUUCGAAACUAAAGGAGUUGAUUUUAAACCUGCUGUUGGCUGUGUAAUCCGGGCAAUUGAAGGGAGCAUGCGUAAAACGGAUGUCACGUGUUCAUAUGUUGACCAAUCAGAAGGUAUAUUAACGCUUGGAUCUACCGAAGAACUUGUCAGCAAUAUUAUCAGAGUUACUCAAACGGAAGAGGACAGAUAUUUAAAUUUCGAGGAACCAUUGUCCGAUGCUCUUCCUGUUUGUAUCGGCAGAGUUCCGACGGGGAAAGAAACUGUGGAGUUGAAAUUUGUAGAAGGCCGGUGUGUUAAAUUUGGAGCUUUCGUGGUUGUAUUACGACCGAAGAAGGAUAUGUUACAAUUUCUGAAGAAAGGUUGCAAGCUUCUGUGUAGCUCUGAUUUUAGAAUUUCGUUAUCCUGUAAACCUGGUACAUUUAAACAGAACAUGAACGCAGUUUUAGAGGUACAGACCUAUGAUUCAAGUGUUAUACACGAUCUGAAGACAAGAUUUCCUAAGGAAUGUGAGGACUUCUUGACAGCCAGUCCUUUUGUAAAGUUCUCUAUACCCGUCAAAAAUUUUGAGAAGCCUUUGACGGUGACCCUGCCUCUACCUCAGACUCAAACUCGUCAGAAAAGGCCAGCAACCGGUAUAACGCGAGAAACCAAACCGACACAGGACAUCAGGCCGUCCACUGCGCGACCGACAACAACAAACGAAGAGGAUGCACAAGAACAAAUAUUUUUUCUUCAUCGAGAUGAAAAAUUGGGAUGGACUGUGAACUCAAAGAUAAAUCUAGUUCAGCCAAAAUUAAAGGACACAGUUGUAUUUGAUAUACCAACAUCAUAUGAAAGAAUGCUCCUUCUACGAACUAAAGCAGGAAAGAGAGACGCAGCUGUCGAGAAGAUGGCAACAUUGCUCGAGAGUAUGGCAACACAGAGAAAUGUGAAACUGAUUGUACGUCAACGUAAUGAUGACGUAGCUGACGUCAUGGUCUCUUGCGCAAUAUCUAAAAGAGCCGACAGAACAUUGAAAUACAUGGAAGAUAAUGCAUUCACUGAAGGACCUAACCCUAGUCCUGACAUUUUACUGAAAGAGGGUCAACAAUUGUUCGUGAAAUUUAGGGGAAAUGUGGAAUGUGUAAGCAAAAAUCCGUCACUAAGUUUUAUAUACAAUACAAAUAUAAGAGCUACAAGGGAAUUCAAAAUCAACGAAAAGGAGGAAUUUGCACAGAAAUCGUUGCCUUGUUAUAGAGGAUUUGUACAGAUAUUCACCAAAGCCCUAGUACCAAGUCCACAGCUAGAAGGGGCACCGAAAAAUGUACAACCGGAAAUGAUUGAAGCGGAAGUGCUUCUGGCAGAACUUCUGGUAGAACUACCAAAGCCGGAGGCAGAGCCUCCGAAGCCAUUGACAACAGCACCAUUGCAUUUAAAAGAAGGACCUUUAACAAAUGGCGUACUGAGGUUAAUAGCGGGGAUGAUAGGGAAAGAAUGGAAAGAGGUUGCCGCGCAACUUAAUCUAAAACCUAUGCGGAUACAGGCCAUUCUGCGGAACCAUCUAAACAAAAACACUGCAGAGACCAGAUUUGAUAUGUUGAUCACGUGGGCAAAGCGAGUUCCAAAGUCAGUGGAUAAGGUACAAAUAUUAUGCAAUGCUCUUAAUGCAUGUGGAAGGGCCGAUGUAGCAGAGGAGGUGCGUCAGAAGGGUCAACAAUACAAACAACAGAGGUUCAUGAGUGCUAGAGUGUCGCAUCUUCGCCAAGCGUUCGUUAAAGUUGCCAAAACAACAGCUGUCUUCAACCAUUGGAAGAAUUUUGCAAAAGAUCUUGGCGUAUCGGAGGAAAAGAUAAAAGAAAUUGACGAGUCAGGUGGUUCGGGUCAGGAAAAGUGUUACACAAGCCUAGAAACGUGGAAGGACGCUGAAGGGGAAACGGCCACGGUAACAACGUUGGCGACAUUCCUAAAAUCAGCUAAACAGGAACGCUUGUCCCGUGAUCUUGAAACGAUGGUUGCAACAUAACUGAGAGAAAGAGCCGGAAUGUUUCAAAAACGUUCUAUGCAAAACAAGAAGACUCUUUUGUAUGAUCAAAAAUCAAGGAAACAUUAAUCACGUGAAUUCUUCAUGCAAUACACAAAGUAUCUUUUUUAUUAUUUUUUCAAUUAUUAUUUAUUAAUUUAUUUUUUAAUUUUGUUAUCUUUUUGUUCUGUGGUUUUGAUGUGUUUGUGUUUGUGUUAUUUUGUUUUGAUUUAUUUUGAUAUUUCUUAAUAAUGCGAAGAUAACUGCACGUAUAUAAGUGUUGUGUAGGAUGCAUUUGUUAUCAAAUUUGUUGACGUUUGUAAAAGUUAUUAUUUGAAAAGUGCUGUGAUAGUGUGACAAUUAUUGUUGAUUUUUUGUUUCCGUUUUAUCGUAGUAUCAUAUUUUAUCGUGAAAUACUAGCCUUUACUGCCAGUGAAGACCCAGAGUAGCUGUACAUUCUGGACAGUCUCCACAGGCUUUUACUAUUUGUAGCUUACUUAUUGUAUACUUAUAAAUGAAAUAUUGAGAAAUAUUGAUGCAAUAAAAUGACUAUUUUCAUUUUUCGUAUUUUCACUGUAAAAAUUUAUUUUCACUUGCAGUGAAACACAUUUUCUGUAUUUUCACUGGUGUCCUGACGGACUAUUUUCUUUUAAAAUCAGUGAAUACAAAAGAAUUAAGGGGAAGUCUUUUAAAUUGUAGCCAGAAAGAAAAAAAUAAUUAUAAUAAACAGAAAAUUCAAGCAAGUUUUCUCUAGAAAUACAGCUAGUGAAAUACAUAUUUUCAUACUACAUAAAAUAAAUCCAGUAUUCAUAGAAAAAAACUUGAAUAUCCUCUAUGUAUUUUAAUUCUGAAAUCUCUUACUUUAUAAUUGAACUUUUCUAAUUCAAAGCUAGGAAAGUCCAUUGCGUUAUUCAACAGGUAAAGGUAGGAGUGGAGUAAGGGUAAAAUCAUCAUGUUAUUUUGACAAAGAUUUGGAUAUGUGUGUCAUUUAUUUAUCUUUAAGGUAGUUUGCGUUUCAAAGGAACUUCCAUAUG